AUGUACAGCCUCAGGGAAGCUCGGAGCAGAGAAAGAAAAGAAUCAGAUCACGAGUCAUUACAAUUUACGAUGGACCCGCAGUCAACAGACGAAUCACAACAGCGUCCUAUCGAAGCCGAUAUCAACGAAUACAAACGUUUUGUGACCCUGCACAGCUGUAAAGAAAAUCAACAAACCGAACAUUUUGCAGUAGUUUCUAAGGUCGUUGGAAUCGAAAGACUACGAAACUAUCAUGACGACCUGGAAGAGAUCCUCAAACUGAAGUCGCCCGAUACAAAUCAAGAAGACGUCAUAUCCCAAUGGGUAAAAUUCUUCCAAGGGUACAAAAGCUCCUUUACCAGGCUCAAGAACGUUCUCAAUCUCACCGAUGCAGAUCAUGAGAAUCAAAUCGAGCAACUUGUCGAACUCGCUCACUUCAUUCGAUUCCCCACGGUGGAAGAACCCUCUGGAAUGUCGCAAGAAGAGAUGCUCACCAGAAUCAAAACUCUUCACCCCACAGACUGCAAACGCUUUGGGAAGCUUCACUGCUGCGAGGGAGCUAUACUUGUCGAAUCAUUCACAGUCCUUUUCGAGGCCGUUGGAAUAAAAAAGCUGCAAAGGUACCUUACAAAGCUGGAAAAUAUCCUCAAACUGAAGCCGCCCGAUACAAAGCAGGAAGACGUCAUAUCGCGAUGGGCCAAAUUCUUCCAAGGGUACAAAGGCUCCUUUACCAAGCUGAAGAAGAUUCUCAAUCUCACCGAUGCAGACCAUGAGAAUGAAAUCAAGCAACUUGUCGAGCUCGCUCACUUCAUUCGAUUCCCCACGGUGAAAGAGCCCUCUGGAAUGUCGCAAGAAGAGAUGCUCACCAAAAUCCAGUCAACCAAAGAAUCUCGCAAAUCUCAAGAGGAACUUACUGAAUUCAAGCGCUUCAAGAAGCUUCAUGUGUAUCCUGAAGAAGCUGACAAAAAAUUCAUAUCACUUGUGGAGGCUGCCGGAGUGGCAAGGCUGCGAAAGUACCAUGAAGACCUGGAAAUGUGCAUCGAGUCGCUCGAAGUAGGAUGCCAAUCAUCCUUCCGAGUCUACUUCAAAAGAUUCUACCAGGGAGCCAGUGACUCCCUCCGCGAGCUCAAGGAAAAUGUCGGACUCAAGGAUGAGGAUGAAGUCCUUGAAAAUCAAAUCGAUAAACUCACCCAGCUCGCUUACUUCAAACGAUUCCCCACGCGGCAAGACUCUGGAAUGUUGCCACACCAAAUGCUUCUCGCACUCGGGCCUACAAAUUCUCCACCUAAAACAGCAAUUGACACUGUGGAACGGCUCGCCUGGUCAGCCAACAUUGUCCGGGAAGGUUUUGAGGUACCAUAUGUGGCGUACGAUUCUAUUGUGACACCAGCUCUAGAGACCCUCCGCGAUUACAUAGUCAAAUGGGAAUCCAAUCUGUGGACUUGA